AUGGAACCACAGGACAUAACCUCCUGCAGUUUAUACUCUGUGCGGUCAGAUAUCAGGGUCAUCUAUCCUGUCAUACAAGACUACACCAUCACUAAUAUAACACCAUACUACACAAUCACUUAUAUAACACCAGACUACACCAUCACUUAUAUAACACCAGUCUACACCAACACUUAUAUAACACCAGACUACAUCUACACCAUCACUUAUAUAACACCAGACUACAUCUACACCAUCACUUAUAUAACACCAGACUACAUCUACACCAUCACUUAUAUAACACCAGACUACAUCUACACCAUCACUUAUUUUACACCAGACUACAUCUACACCAUCACUUAUAUAACACCAGACUACAUCUACACCAUCACUUAUAUAACACCAGACAACAUCUACACUAUCACUAUUGCAACACCAUACUACAUCUACACCAUCACUUAUAUAACACCAGACAACAUCUACAUCUACAAUAUCACUUAUAUAACACCAGACUACAUCUACACCAUCACUUAUAUAACACCAGACAACAUCUACAUCUACAAUAUCACUUAUAUUACACCAGACUACAUCUACACCAUCACUUAUAUAACACCAGACUACAUCUGCAUCUACACCAUCACUUAUACAACACCGGACUACAUCUACACCAUCACUUAUACAACACAAGACAACAUCUACAACAUCACUUAUACAACACAAGACAACAUCUACAACAUCACUUAUAUUACACCAGACAACAUCUACACCAUCACUGAUAUAUAUAAGUAUAUAUAUAUCCAGAUUGAUUGAAUGACCUCAGAGUGAGUCUCAGUGUAAAGACUGUAACUCCCAUCAUCCAUAAGGAAUACUUAUUUUUAAGUGUUUUUGAUUAGGCUGAGUCUCUGUCCUCCAGUCUCCUUUGUCUGGAUCCAAAUGUCCACUUCCUGUACUUGUGAAGCUGAAACCCUCACACUUUCUCAGUGCUGCUGAGCUGUGUGCAGCUCAUGUAACUUACUUACUCCUGUCUCGCCUCUUUCAGAUAAACUCUGGCCUCUGGAUGAUCUCUGACAUGUUGGUUCAGGAGGAAUCUGCUGAUUGAUCUGAUGCUGACACAUUAACAGACAGAAGAGAUUUCACGCUGCUGUGCUGUUUGAGCCCCGGGUCGGGGUCUUAUUUACUCCUCAGAUAACAGUAUAAGUGGUGUGUGUGUGUGUGUGUGUGUGUGUGUGUGUGUGUGUGUUUGUGUGUGUGUGUGUGAGUUUUUGUGUGUGUGUAUUUGGGUGUGUGUGUUGCAUUGUGCGGUGUAAAGCAGCUUACAAGAACUGUCAUGGCCGCUUUUAGCUCAUUGUCUUUGUCCAAACCUGUAAAUAAAGAUUUGACUUUAAUGAAGCCAUACUGUAGCCGGGCUGCGGCCUGGCUGCUCGCUGCGUUUAGAGCACUUUGUUUAGAUAUUUGAGAAUAAAGCUGAACCUCCUCACAGGA